UCCCUCGGCAGUCAGAGCCCCUUUAUGAUGUCAUGGGGCUGGUUACAUGACUGCCAAGGGGUGCUGCUGGCCACACUGCACUAGCAAGUUUGCCAGUUGGAGGACUAGCCAUCAUUGAUCAUGGCUCGCUGUGAAGAAAGAAAUUUGAGAGGACAGGGUCACGGCUUGGAAAGGGUGCCUUUUCCUCCCCAAUUGCACUCAGAGACCUACCUUCACCCAGCAGAUCCUUCCCCUGCCUGGCACCACCCAGUGUCCACUGGGAGCCCUAACUUCAUGCUGCUGACAGAAGAAAUCGCUUUCCAACCUCUGGCCGAGGCAGCUUCGUUCAGAAGGCCGCACCCUGACGGUGACGUCCCGCCCCAGGGAGCAGAUAAUCUCCUCUCCCUCCCCUUUCCGCAGAAACUGUGGAGACUGGUCAGCAGCAACCAGUUUUCGUCCAUCUGGUGGGAUGACAGUGGGACUUGUAUAGUGAUCAAUCAAAAACUCUUUGAAAAGGAGAUUCUCAAAAGGGACGUCGCACACAAAGUGUUUGCCACAAAUUCGAUAAAGAGCUUCUUCCACCAGCUAAACUUGCAUGGCUUCCGAAAAUGGCGUCAAUGCACUUUCAGGACCUUCACCCGCAUUUUCUCCACAAACAGGCCGGUCUCCAUCUCGAAUAAGUUAGAGUUCUACUGCCAUCCUUACUUUCAAAGAGACUCCCCUCACCUCCUCGUGAGGAUGAAGAGAAGAGUGGGCGUCAAGUCUGCACCAAGACAUCAGGAGGAGGACAAGCCAGAAGCUGCUGGAUCCUGUCUGGCACCAGCAGACACUGAGCAACAAGAUCACACAUCUCCGAAUGAGAAUGACCAGGUCACACUGCAACACCAGGAACCGGCCGGUCCCAACACCCAAAUCAGGAGUGGCUCUGCUCCACCAGCAACUCCUGUGAUGGUGCCCAAUCCCGCCAUGGCGAGUGACAACGCUCCAGCGACCCAGCCGGCGGGCGAGUGGUCAGAGGGCAGCCAGGCUCACGUCACUCCGGUGGCCACUGUCCCUGGGCCUGCAGCACUGCCCUUCCUCUAUGUCCCUGGAUAUCCCACUCAGAUGAAUUCUUACGGGCCUGUGGUGGCCCUUCCCACAGCGUCCCCUAGUGCCCUUGCCAUGGACACCACAGGACUUCCUGCACCUGGCAUGCUGCCCUUUUGCCAUCUCUGGGUACCGGUGACCCUAGUGGCUGCUGGGGCUGCACAGCCUGCUGCCUCCAUGGCCAUGUUCCCCCAUCCCCCAGCUCUGCACCACCAUUGCCCCCACAGCCACCGCAUGUCACGGUACAUGCCAGCUAGCGAUGGGCCCAGGCGUACCCAGCCUAUGCAGACCAGAGCACAUAGAGGCGAGCAUUUGGGCAGAAUACGUGCUGGUCAAUAAAUGUGUCAGAAAAUGAGUAAUUUUCUGACUGCACAAAAAAGUCUUCAUGGUCUCCAUCCUUUUUCUUUCUUUGCAGUCCAGUACCCCGCUCUGACAUCUUUGGCUUGCAUGAUAGAGACUUCAGCCUAACACGCCUCCCUGGAAAAGUGCCCAGGAGGUUCUCGAGAAGUUGCUGAGUUUUAGGAAGCCCCUCAGACAUCCUGCCUCUGCUCAUUAAAAAUUAUCUGGAGCUGGCUGGGCGCGGUGGCUCACAUCUGUAACCCCAGCACUUUGGGAGGCUGAGGCGGGUGGAUCACAAGCUCAGGAGAUGGAGACCGUCCUGGCUAACACGGAGAAACCCCGUCUGUACUAAAAAUACAAAAAAUUAGCCGGGCGUGGUGGCGGGAGCCUGUAGUCACAGCUACUCGGGAGGCUGAGGCAGGAGAAUGGCAUGAACCC